AUUCCAUUGUGUGUCGGCUACAGCAUCAGGUGUGCAAAGAAUCCGAGCUCGCGACUUAAGUUUAAAAAAAUUAAUUAAAAACGGAAAAUGAGUGAACUGAUGCAAAGGAAGGAGAUCGCAACUGCCCUGGAGGACAUGGGCGUGGAGUUUCCGCCAACGGCCACUUUAACCCAACUACGGGGAUUGUUAGCAACAACGGUAGGCGCAACGGCACAAGGCGACGCCAACCAAACGGCAAAGUCGCCGGCAAUGCAAGACGCCAAUAGAACCGUUAAUAACGGCCAGACUCAGCGCAACUCAGCAGCAGCGACGGCUGACAAACAACGCGAAAUUGUCCGGGCAGAGGUUGGCGAAUCAGCAGUGGAGGAGCGCCAAUCACCGAUAUCGACGGCAGCGUUCGGGAGCGACAAACGUGAAGCUAUAGCGGCGGUGAUGUGCGGCCAACGUGGAGUAACAACUGAGGCGGCGGCUGCGAACGCCGGCGCAGACCACGCGGUUCAUAGAAACCGUUCAGACGAUGACAGCGAAUUAACCGCUAUGGAAGAACGCCUAGAAAAACGGUUACGUAUCUUACAGCUAGAAGCGGAGAUCAACAAACUUGGAGCGGGCAGAGUAAACCGCACCCUUCCGAUGAACUUAAGCGAGAUUGAAAAAACCCUUCCGAACUUCAGUGGCGACAACAAAAUAAACGUCGAAAAGUGGAUCGCCGAGUUCGACGACACAACCAGUGCUUACGCCUGCAACGAAGAAUCGAGAAUGAUCAUCGCUCGACGUCUUCUUACGGGAAGCGCCCAAAUUGUUUUGCGCAUAAGCCGCAUCAACACGUGGGCCGAACUGAAAGCUGGACUCAUAAGUGAGUUUAAAAAGCCACUCAGCGUGAAGGACGUCUUCCACCAACUGGAAACACGCGUAUGGGAGAAGUCAGAGACGUUGGGACACUACGUGUUGUCUAUGCAGGAGCUGGCGCAAUCGGCUCCGAUCGGGGAGCACGAACUAGUCGAAUUUAUCAUAGACGGAUUGAGAGACAAAUCAACAAAAACCCUUGUCUUCAGCGGCGUCACAACCAUCGAAAAACUGAAGAAGUUGAUUCCGCAGUACGAGCGGCUACUAAUGGCAAGCUACAACAAACGGAGCCCUUCAAUCGCAAGCGGGGGCGAGGUACAAGUAAGGUGUUACAACUGUUCCAGGUAUGGCCACUACUCGAUCGACUGCAAGGAAAAGAGGCGUGAACGGGGUUCCUGUUUUAAGUGCGGGGCAAAGGACCACCUAUUUAGGAACUGCCCACUUAAGGUCGUAGCAGCAGUGGAAGAGGACGGCGACUACAAAGCAGUACAUUUUAAGGAAAUGCCCAUGUAGUUUUGUGCGACAAUCGUCCAUUCCGGCCAAGGUGAAGUACGAGUACGACCAAAAAAUGCGUACGGUUAGAGGUGUCGGAAGGGC